CCCCGCCCUCUAUGUCCACUCCAGCUCUGCUCAGGGGGAGGGCUGAGAAUUCCUCCGCGCUUACAGACACAUUGCAUGCAUUAUUUCUAUAUGUUGUGACUUCCUUCUUGGCAAUGGCGGACGGCUAUCCUUGAGAUGGGAUAUUUUGUGUAGGGAGACUUGAAAUUCAGAAGCUGCUCCACCAUGCCUCAUCGGACAAUCCACAUUUUUCGCAAAGGCCUUCGACUUCAUGAUAACCCAACAUUGGUAACGGCACUGGAGACAUCAGAUGUUGUGUAUCCAGUAUACAUCCUUGAUAGAAAUUUUAUGACCUCAUCAUCAGUUAUUGGAUCCAAACGUUGGAAUUUCUUCUUACAGUCCAUUGAAGACUUGCAUUGUAACCUUCAGAAAUUAAACUCCUGCCUUUUUGUUAUCCAAGGAGAUUAUGAAAGGGUCUUGCGUGAACAUGUUGAGAAGUGGAAUAUUACACAGGUUACAUUUGACCUUGAGAUUGAACCUUAUUACAAGGGACUGGAUGAAAGAAUAAGAGCAAUGGGCCAAGAGCUGGGAUUCGAAGUAGUCUCAAUGGUUGCACAUACCCUGUAUGAUAUUAAAACGAUAUUGGCACUGAACUGCGGGAAACCUCCUCUAACAUACAAAAACUUUCUACGUGUACUGUCCAUGAUAGGCAAUCCAGAUAAACCUGCUCGACAAAUAACUUCAGAAGAUUUUAUCAGAAAGUGCAUAACACCUACUAAACUUGCAGCCGAGGAAUACUACAGAAUUCCCAAACCAGAAGAUCUCGGUAUAAGUAAAGACUGUCCAACAAACUGGGUAGGUGGGGAAUCUGAAGCGCUAAGUAGACUGGAACAGCAUCUGGAAAAGCAGGGUUGGGUUGCAAAUUUCAAAAAGCCACAAACCAUUCCAAAUUCUCUUCUGCCAAGCACAACCGGCUUAAGUCCAUACUUCAGUUUGGGAUGUUUAUCCGUCAGAGUGUUUUUUCACAGAUUGUCCAACAUAUACGCCCAGUCGAAAAACCACUCUCUUCCGCCGGUAUCUCUUCAAGGACAACUGCUCUGGAGAGAAUUCUUCUAUACUGUUGCAUCUUCUACUCCAAACUUUACUCAUAUGGUAGGGAAUCCUAUCUGCCUUCAGAUAGACUGGUAUAAAAAUGAGGAGCAACUGCAGAAGUGGAAAGAAGCUAAAACUGGCUUUCCAUGGAUUGACGCCAUCAUGACCCAGCUACACAACGAGGGUUGGAUCCACCAUUUAGCGCGCCAUGCAGUGGCGUGUUUUCUUACUCGUGGGGAUCUUUGGAUUAGUUGGGAAGAAGGAAUGAAGGUGUUUGAGGAGUUCCUUCUAGAUGCAGACUAUUGUAUAAAUGCAGGAAACUGGAUGUGGCUCUCCGCUAGUGCAUUUUUUCACCACUAUACCAGAAUAUUCUGUCCUGUUCGCUUUGGAAGGCGCUCUGAUCCAGAAGGCAACUACAUUCGGAAAUAUUUGCCUGUGUUGAAGAACUUUCCUGCAAAAUAUAUUUAUGAGCCUUGGACAGCCCCAGAGGAGAUACAAAAGCAAGCUGGAUGCUUGAUUGGGAAAGAUUAUCCUCUUCCUAUGGUGGAUCACAAAACUGCAAGUGAGCAUAACUUGCAACUGAUGAGACAGGUGCGGGAAGAGCAACAAAAGACUGCACAACUUACCAAAGAUAUUGCAGAUGAUCCCAUGGAAUUAAACCUAAAACACCCCUUCAAGAAUGAUAAAGAAUGUGGCUUAGAAAACAACAAAGUUAAGAGAAGAUGCCUGGAGGAAAUGACGGCAGAAGAUGGGACCAGGCAAAGUGAUCUAGUACAGUCUCUGGAUCCUUGUGAAGUGAAAGUGUGCUGAAAUGAAUGGGAUUAGAGUAAAGAUUUAUAAAGGAACUGGGGCCUUUUCAGAUAUUUUAACCUACGACACAUUUAUCCUUGGUUCACAGGUUUUAAAGGAGAACUACACCCCCCCCCCCCCCCC